AUGAUUUCCGCAACUUGCCCGCCCGCGAAAGUCAGUGCUAAACCUGUACCUGCGUCCGGUCCGCCGCGGCCGAUCUUUUGCUAUGGGACGUUGAUGGCGCCGCAGGUUUAUGGGACUGUGAUGGGAAAGCCACAGCCUAUUGGGAGGAGCGCUGUUCUGAAGGGUUUCCGACGAGUGAAAGUCAUUGAUGCAACAUACCCGGCCAUGUUUCGCGUCGAUCACCCAUCGGCAGAAGUCCGAGGAGUCCUCGUACCUGUAGAAUCGCACGACGAUCUGCGGUUGCUGGAUGCUUUUGAGACUGAUGACUACGAACGCACGACCGUCACGGUCACCAUAACGAACGACAACGGCCAAGAAGUGAAAACCGAAGCGGACACAUACUUAUGGGCCGCCCCCGAGAGCCUCCUCCUACCAGACGAGCCAUGGUCCUACGAGGACUUCCUCCGUGACCGGAUGGACGAGUGGAUGAGCAACGAGGAGGUGUUCUAUGGAAACACCGGCACGCCGCCCAUCUCCGUUGACCAUCCCCACGGCGAGCAUAUAGUCCUUGCGGCGAAGGAGUUGGAUCGGAUACGCCAGGAACGGAAAGCCGCUGCCGACUCUUCUUCGGGUAGACAUUAG